AUGAGCUCACGGUGCCAGCAAUGGGAAGGCGUCAUGGCGACCAUUUGCAAUGCCAGUGUCACCCAGUGCGACGACAAAGAAAUGGUUUCUGAAAGGUUCUCCACUGACUACAAUGAGCUACCACCGUCGAACUUUGCAAAUGUGUGCGCCAGGGCCACUCUUCCUUCCAGGCAGUCGCCGCCGGGGUCUGGGUUCUGCAACGCGCAGCCAGUAAUACCUUCUUCCGGGUCCCACACCGCCCAGGCGGAGGGGCGGAGUCCGACGGCUGGGGGCAAGCCAGGUGAGGAGAGGCUGCAAGAGUUCCUGACGCGGUUUCAGCACAUGGAGUCAAGACAGGCUUGUUCCAACGAAGCUUUGGAGCAGAUCUCCACAUUGCUGGAGGUCACCGUGGACAAGUUUGGCACCUUAAAUGAGACUCUUCACCAGAUGAAGACAGAUAUCGGACAACUGCACACCAACUUGUCCUCGCUGGAGACAAAGGUGAGCCAAACCUCAGUGCCCUACACAGCACACCCGGCGAGGCCAGUGUCAAGUGAGUUGCUUGGUGAAGAACUUCUCGGCCAUCACCGUGGCAAGGAGGAGACAGGCCUCGAAAGCAGUGAGGGCAUCGGUGAGACCAUGGAAUCCUCCCACUUGUCCUGCCACAGUGAGCCGACAUGUGCAUCGACUUCCCUCGACAGCGAUGAGCAAUCAGACCAUACAUCCCCUGUCGUGUCCAAGUUGAGUGGGAAAGACAGCCGGCAACUCUUCAAGGAGGGAGGCCAGCAGCGCGGUGAUGCCCUGGUGUCCCUGAUCAGCGUGGCCUUAAAGCAUCCUGACCUUUCGGGGGCUUCGCUGCUUCGACAGUGGCAGCUGCAGCAGACGAAGGUGAAAAGCCAGCGAGAUUUGAAUGUAGACCUUGUGGCCAACAAGUCUAUCCUCGCCAUGCAGAAUCAGCAGUUUGUCGCACUGGUUCGGGUGGCCAUGCAUCGUGCACCACUCGAGGGGCGCGACAUCCUGUGCCAGUUUGAGACGGAGCUGAAGCAGGAGAAGAGGGCCGGACGUGGCAGCAACGCGUCCGCAUCCCUCCAGCAGCUGGGUGACCAGGGUGACGUCGAAGGGGGACUCCGAAGUUUUGGCAUUCAGCCUAGCUUGUGCCAUCAGCAAGGGGUCGUCUCUUUGGUUCACGUGGCUCUGAAGCACCCAGAUGUGAAUGGCUUUUCACUACUGCAGCUCUGGAAGAGAGAGCGGGUGAACAUCAAGAGCCAGCGGCAGCUGAACCUUAACUGCAUCGAGAAGAAGAUGGAGAUCCAGCAGCAGAAUCGGCAGUUUGUGGCCUUGGUCUAUGCCGCCCUGUUCCAUCCGGAUCUCGAGGGUGCCGAGCUCCUGAAGCAGUGGGAGCGUCUGAAAGUCGCGGCGACCGAACCCGACUCUCCGCUGGGCUGCGUGAAUCCGAACACGUUCUGGUCCAGGUCCAGGUCUUGGUCCUCGCCAUCUCCCCGUCCAUCCAUCACCAUCUCCUUUGAUCCACAGAAGCAAGAAAGAUUAGUGAGUCUCGUGAGAUUGGUCGUUGACAACCCCGAGCUCAAUAGCGCACAGCUUUGCGAGCUCUGGCGUCACAACUCCAAUCCGGACGCCUGCAACGCAGCAGCAUUUACCGGCGCAUCCUCCCGCACCAAAGGCCGAUUGAUGUACCUCGGGGCCAUCUGCUCUGCACUCUGUGCACCCCUGGGCUUGCCUGGCCUCAACUUGACUUGCAAGUCGCCAUAA